GUUGUUGGAUUGGCAGCAAAACAAAGUAGAAUAAGAAAUAUUUCAAAUACAGUAAUGAAAGUAAAGCAGAUCCUUGGCAGAAGCCAGAAAUGCGGUCCUUGGACCUGGCUUCUCAACAAUUAGCCCUGAGAGGGAAGAAUCGGCUGGCUCCUGGAAAUACACUGAGAGCACACAGAGCUUCCCCACACCUUCAGAUUUGCACCUUGCUGCCCAGGAGCUUCCCACAGCUAAUCUUCCUUCCCAGUCCACUAUGGCCAGUUCCAAUAGCAGUGCGGGCAUCCGGUGGUCCAGACAGGAGACACGAACGCUUCUCUCCAUACUAGGCGAGGCAGAGUAUAUUCAGCGCCUCCAGACUGUGCAUCAUAAUGCAGAUGUCUAUCAGGCUGUGUCUAAGCGAAUGCAGCAGGAAGGCUUCCGCCGCACCGAACGUCAGUGCCGCUCCAAGUUUAAAGUUCUGAAGGCGUUAUAUUUAAAGGCGUACGUUGCCCAUGCCACGAGUGUGGGGGAUCCGCCGCACUGUCCGUUUUAUGAUACAUUGGAUCAGCUUCUCCGAAAUCAGAUAGUGACUGACCCAGACAACUUAAUGGAGGACACUGCUUGGGCCAAGCACUGUGAUCAGAACUUAGUGGCCUCUGACACCCCAGGGGAAGAGGGACCCAGCAUUCUCAGAGCAAAAAGGACUCAGGCAGCAGAUCAUCAGCCUAUCUUGAAAACAGUUAAGGAAUCAGAUGAGGAUUGUCAACUGAGAAUCAGUGACCAGAUGCGAGAAACCAGUGACCUUGAGGACUCCUGGGAUGAAUCCUCGGGUGCAGGGUGCUCGCAAGGGACCCCCAGCUACAGCAGCUCCCACCACCUUUUCAGAGGUGCGGUUGCUCCCUGUCAGAGCAGCCCCAUGACCCGCCUGGGUGUGUCCGGUGAGCCCAGUCCGUGUGCCAGCACCAGCCGAAACACUCCUGGGGUGGCCUCCGCACCGCGGCCUCCGGUCUCCUCCUCCACAGUUCCUUUUGUUUCUGGUGGGGAUAGGCCUUUGACCGGUGAGCCCCCUCCACGGUGGGCGAGGCGAAGAAGGCGGUCAGUGGCCAGGACUAUUGCGGCCGAGUUGGCAGAAAACAGGAGGUUGGCACGAGAACUUUCAAAGCGUGAGGAAGAAAAAUUGGACAGGCUGAUUGCUAUUGGUGAGGAGGCCAGUGCUCAGCAAGACACUGCCAACGAGCUCCGCAGGGAUGCCGUGAUCGCAGUCAGACGCUUGGCCACGGCGGUGGAAGAGGCCACCGGUGCUUUUCAGCUAGGGCUCGAAAAAUUGCUUCAGAGGUUAAUUUCGAAUACCAAAAGUUAAGAAUUGAUUACAAAGAGGCUGUUUCCUAAACUGGUAGAAGCCCAGUUCCAACACCUGCCUUUUGGUACCCUGGCUCCUUUUACACGUCCUUAGGAAUAAAGGAAAGCAAAAACGGAUGAA